AUGGAAGUGCCGGCUGGCAAUCUGGACUCGUUUAGAGCUGCUUCGGGAAAUAGUAUUUCUAGAAGAUAUGGAAUGUUAUCCGCUUCCAAUAUCAUUCAGGCACCACUUUCUGCCUUGUUGGAGUACUCGGGUCUUCUCCGUGGCCGCUCUAAUCAUCAAGAAGCUGAAUCUUUAAUUAACGGCCGUAGCGCUGCUGCUUUCCGGGAUCACCAUCAUAGUCAGCUGGACCAAUCUCCAACCACAAGCAACGACGGGGAGGUUUCCAUUAGGAUAAUUGGUGCAGGGGAGCAGGAGCAUGACAGGGAAGGCGCAGGGUUAGUAGUUGGACAGUUGAGGGAAGUUACUGUUCCCCCAAAUGAGGUUUCUGCACCACCAAUGGCAGGGGUGGCGUCUGUGUCAUUGACAACAGAGGAGGGUCAGACAGAUGGCAGAACAGAUCGUAGUUCGGGAGAGGGCAUGCCCCAAUCGUUAAAUGGAAGUGCUGAUGGAGAAGGAGUUGAUGGAGCUGGGUCUAAUGGCAGAGAUUCUUCUUACCAGAGAUAUGACAUUCAGCAGGCUGCUAGGUGGAUUGAGCAGGUCCUUCCCUUUUCUUUGCUUCUAUUGGUGGUCUUCAUCCGCCAGCAUUUGCAGGGUUUCUUUGUUACAAUUUGGAUUGCUGCUGUUAUGUUCAAGUCAAAUGAUAUUCUAAGGAAACAGACAGCUUUGAAGGGAGAGAGGAAAGUUGCAGUUCUAAUCGGCAUCUCUCUUGCAUUUGCAUUGCACGUGGUUGGUGUUUACUGGUGGUAUCAGAAUGAUGAUCUGUUGUACCCAUUAAUUAUGCUUCCUCCUAAACUUAUACCACCAUUUUGGCACGCUGUUUUCAUCAUCAUGGUGAAUGACACCCUGGUCCGGCAGGCAGCAAUGGUGCUCAAGUGCAUUCUAUUAAUAUACUACAAAAACAGCAGAGGCCGAAACUAUCGUAAGCAGGGUCAAAUGCUUACUCUGCUUGAGUAUUUACUGCUCUUGUACCGUGCCUUGUUGCCAACACCGGUGUGGUAUCGUUUCUUCUUGAACAAAGAAUAUGGGAGUCUCUUUUCAUCACUAAUGACAGGGUUAUAUUUGACUUUCAAGCUCACAUCUGUUGUUGAGAAGGUGCAAUCCUUCUUUGCUGCAUUGAAGGCGUUGUCACGUAAAGAGGUGCACUAUGGGGCAUAUGCAACAUCGGAACAGGUCAAUGCAGCUGGCGAUCUUUGUGCUAUUUGCCAGGAGAAGAUGCAUGCUCCUAUCCUACUUCGAUGUAAACACAUCUUUUGUGAGGACUGUGUAUCAGAGUGGUUUGAGAGAGAACGGACGUGCCCAUUGUGCAGAGCUUUGGUAAAACCUGCAGAUCUUAGAUCAUUCGGCGAUGGAUCAACGAGUUUGUUUUUCCAGCUGUUCUGA